AUGAAAUUAUUGGACAACAUAAGGCAUGACCUUGUACCGGUAGAGCAGCUUCUUCUUCUUGCUAGUCGGGUUAUCAACGGUGAGCAGUAUCUUGCCAAGCUCGCUAAUGCUGAAACUGUUGGACACAACAGGCUCGUCAGUGGGGAGCAUUUUCCUCGACUUUUGUAUGAUCACAGUGUAGGCACGUUCAGCGUUCGGGACAUAUUCUGCACUGUAGCUCACUUCCCAGCCCACCACACGAAGCUCCCAGACGAGCGUUUAACAGUGAUCUCCAUGGCUGGAUCAUCCACGGUAAAUUCUGGGUUGCAUUCACAGUAA